AGAGUCUUUGAACCUACCACCAAUUGCAAUUCUUCUGAACGCUGAAACCGUACUAAUAAUUUUGAUAUCAGAGAUUUCGCACCCAAGAAAAAAAAAUUGGUGGUACUUUCAUUUAUAGAAAAAUUGCUUGCUAUUUCUUGUUUGAACUCAAAGUAUAAUGUCCAUUUUGUUGUUGAUAUCCCUAAAGCCAUGGGAUAUUUAUGGUUAUUGGUCUCUUCUGAUUUAUUAAUUUUUCUUCAAAUCGAACAGUUAAGAAGGGACUGGAGUACGGCGCUGGGGUGUCGGGAUUCUGGCGGUAAGAGGGAACGUCCGAAACAUUAUCUACUUGGGUCGUAAUAAACCACAGAUUUAACGAUACGCAUAUUGAUCGGAUUAUAACGGUCGAAUUCAAUGAUGCGUGUAUUCUUCGGUCUAUAACAAUUUGAAUAUGUUACUUAAUAGAAGACAGUAAAAUUACUAGGAACCUACAGUCUAUGUACAAAUCAGCUUUUAUUUUGAAUUUAAAAUGAAUUGAUUUUUUAUGGGGUAAAAACCAAUACGAUUUUUUAGUACCUACUUUAUCAUCAAGUUAUGAAUGAUAUUUUUGGGGAAUUCUUUGUACGUAACUACGGGUUAGAAACAAAAACUAUGACAUGUACACUUUUAUUAUUAUUAUUUUCCAUUUAGAAGCAUCUUUGGCGCAUAUAAGAGAAUCAUAACAACCUGACACUAUUUAGUAUACGGAGAACCUGGAAUAACUAGCUGUCAGAGGAACCGGAGGCCAAGUAUUUUUGAGACUCUCAGGGCUUUAAAGCUAAAUUGAAUUAUAGUGUUAAAAGUAAUUUAAAAUAAACUGGCAUAUUAGUUUCAUGUAAAAAAUGACUUUAUUUCACUCACAACAAUGUUCUUAGGCAUGAAUCAAUCUUUAACAAGCUAAUAAGUAGUGACUCCCCGCUAAAUAGGCGAUAGGGCGCGAACGGGAGUUGGUCUAUGAAACAUAAUCCAAAUUCAUAUUUUUAUUAGGAAGUUUAUUUAUACUUAGUCUUUAAAGUGACGAAGAGCUAGGACAAAGUUUUGCGAUCCUGGUUCUUCGGUUCGAUUCAGAUAAUCUAAAAAUAGGUUGCUUAGGUUUCUCAGACUUUUAGUUUACUCUCCUUAUAUUAAACCAUUCAUAAUAUAUUCGUAUAACUCAACCAUCAAAGAAUCGAGCUCUACUAACUGCUUUUUAUUGUUUGAGUUGAGAAUUGGUUUGUUCGUGCGACUGUUAUUACUACUAUUAUAGCCGUACAAAUCGUUAUUGGCAAAAAGCCAAAACUGUAAAACAUGUAAUUUUUAAGUUUUCUCUCAUGGGUAACCUUGACAUUUAUAAUCUAUAUUCGAGCUAAUUUUGGAACGUAUCAAUACAUCAUUAUGGAUCUCUUAACAUGCUAAAAAUACGUAUUGUUCAGCACAUCAGUAUGGUUCAUUUCUACCUUCAACACUAUUAUUUUCUUUUGUUAACAUUGGAUCACACACCGAUUGGAAGGUGUUAAAAUUUUGUUAUUGAGAUUUAGGACAAGUACAUCAUUACCAGCAUCAGAACGACUUUCAGACAUUUCAAACGAAACCGGCAUUUGAUUGUUAUCAGAGCACAAACAAUAUUUUCUUGUUUUCUGUAAUAAUAUAAGUACAUAGAUACGAAAUUACCCUGCAAAAUUUCAUGGAUUAUUGAUACUAAUGCCAGUGCCCUUAAAUAUGUGUCUCUAACAAUCUCGACGCUUCACCCAAAUGAGGAUCAGAUUCUGUGAGUGAAGUCAUUUAAGUGAUGUCAAAGUAAGUAUCCUCAAAACUUAGAAUGUUAGAGAAAUAUUUCCGACCCUCGUGUAGCAGACAUCCACGCCUAGACCUAUAUUCUUGAGUUUGAAGGAGUAGAAAUUGUGAGAGAAAAUGGCAAAAAGUGGGUGUGGCCAAGAAAUGCAGUGUUCUUGAAAAGUGAUAGAAAUGAUAUCACUUUAUGGAGUCGCGAUUUCUCUUGGUACUGACCAAGAGAAACUGGACACAUUAGUAGAAAAUAGCGCUAUAUAACCUAAAAAUUGACCCCCGCGAGCUCCUGCACUUUCGAUCACAACAAAGGCAAGAGUAGAUAUUAUGUUUUAGUCAUUCUAAAACAGAAUCCUUUAAUCUAUGAUUGAAUUUUUCCUGGUGCAUUUGGUGCACUCUAAGAAAUUCAAUCAUUUUGUCCAUUUGUAGUGUGUUUUUUUAAAAGUUUUCGGUUCCAUAGAUAAAAUUAUAAGGAGGAAAUCUUGACCGAAAUCUUUGGUUAGUUUUUGACUGUGAAAGUUAUCUCCAUUUUGAUUGAUUUAACACGUUUACUCAACCCUGUGUCUUGAUUUCCUUUCUCAUUUAUAUCGAGUCCUUUCAAGAAUACAGUAUUUUCGAAUCCAUGGAACACUGGGGGAGUAGAAAAAGAGUUUCGAUCAUAUACGCCCGCAUGAAUUUUUCUUAUGAGAAGGGGAGGGCCAUCUAUGGACAAGAGAACUUUUUGUGUGAAAGCGUAACUGCCUGCAGAACUUUUUGAAAAAACGAGGGAAAGCAUAUUUUCUCAGGGAGCCUAAUCCGAAAGGGCCCCAAAAUGGUACAAAAACAUGGUAAAUAUGCAAACUUCAAUUGUAUCAGUCUGUUUGACUAACUUGAUCCGGUAAAUUUCUCUGUUAUAUAUUCGUAGCUAACUUUUUUUUUCAGUGGGGCCAACUUGUACCGAACAUCAUCCUCCAUGAACUGGUGGCAGCGAUGGAAGUGCAGAGUCAACCUACUUGACGCCAUUUUUUCCGUGUAUCUUAGCAAAUACUCUCAAUUGCGAAACAUUCUAAGUGCCAUUUUCGUAGUUGAAUAUGCACCUUUCCGUCCUUUUAAACGACUUAUUUCUCACAGUUUCCGGGAAAUCAAAGGUAAUGUUGAGAGUCGAAUUUGAAAUACAUGGCAUGAUUCAUUAAAAUGGAAUAGAGCGAACUUAUAAAUUCAGGAAUUACAUAUUUGAAACGUUGCGUUGAUCUUGCACAUGUAAAUCAAAAUGUUAACAAAAUGGAAGUUUAUGUUGAAAUAAGAGAUCCAAAAAUACGCAUUACCUUCAAUUAAGGUGGUAUGUCUGCGGAAAGCGACCUUGUUUUCGCGCCUAAGUUACAUACGGUGUAAUAGCGGCGUAGUAUUCCCAAAUUUCCACCGGACGCGGACGUCCCAAACACAGCGGCCACCUGAUAUCAUUCGACCGGCGGCAUGAAAAUCCCUCGUCCCGUGUAUUUUUAGCCUUUGCGGCGACGGCUCAUGGGCAUCCGCGUUGCCAAAAUACCUAUCAGUGCACCGGUUAGUCAUCGGCGGUAUACUCCGGCGGCAAAACAAUCUAGUGCGAACCUUGCGGAACCAUCUCCUACGGAAACAUCCCCUUGAGAUCCGUGAGACCUUCCGCGAAACCUUGUCACGGAGUGUUCUGAGUAUCCGUAAUCCGCGAAGAUGAGCGUAACCAGUAUGCGCAUGCGCACUCCGUCCCCGAAAACGGUAACCUUCGACCCGUCUCCACCUACCACUCUGGAACGCCGCCCCAGAAAGCUUCGCUUUAAGAGCCACAGGGAGUGGGAGCAGUAUCUUAACGCUCUUCUGGCGGACCUGCAAAAUACGGUUUCUGGUGGCAUCGGGUCCCCUUACGGCUACGGCUCUACCGGUUCGGUGCGUAGUACAACGAGGUCACCGGAUUCAGAUGGAUAUGCUUCCAGAUCGGAGACCUACGGUCCGAAAUCGGCUGGCUACGGCCGCUCUCCAGUUCCUCCGUCUUCCACUGGUCGAAGCCCUUCUGCUGGUUACGGAAGUCAUGACCAUUCGGGUAGUCAUCACGGCGAAAUAGGACAAACUCAUUACGGGCAAGGCCCCCAACACGGUCAACAUGGAAGCGCUGGAGGCAAGCCAGCUGACAAGCGUCACUACAAUAAUAACUUGGAUGAGCUGGACUCAUUGCUGCAGGACCUUAGUACGAGAUACAACUCUGGCACUCCAGAUAACAUGAAUGGGUCAUCUGGGCACUAUAACGGAUCCUUGCGAGAGUCAGGAGUAAAAAGCCCUUCGAACUACUCCAGGCCUUCCAGUGCGCAAAGUACAGUUAGGCCUUCCGUUGAUAGCCUUCUGGAUGAAUUAAAUUCUGGUGAAGUGAUAUAUACAGGCCCCAAAAAGGUGACGAUCACAGUGAAAGAAACGAAGACAGAAACUGGAUUUCCAGGCGAAACGGAAUUGAUAUCGUCUCAAGUAACCACCACACAUGCUCCUGCCGCGUCUACUGCUACGAGGGAACUGGAUGACUUGAUGGCAAGCUUGUCAAACAUUAAGGUGAACCAGAGCUUGCAACAUCACCAAGUUUCAGACCAGCAGUACGCGCGGCCUAUCAAAGCCACUCAGAGCCAACCACCAGCUGCUCCUCCAAAACAGAAUUUAGAUUCUAUGCUUGGAAAUCUCCAGGCAGACAUGAGCAGACAAGGAGUUAACACCAGCCAAAAGGGAUGUUGCAGUGCCUGCGACAAACCUAUCGUGGGCCAGGUUAUCACAGCCUUGGGCAAGACGUGGCAUCCUGAGCACUUUACCUGUGCUCACUGCUCCCAGGAGCUGGGCACCAGGAACUUCUUCGAGAGGGACGGAAAACCAUACUGCGAACCUGACUACCAUAACCUGUUCAGCCCUAGAUGCGCUUACUGUAACGGACCUAUUUUAGACAAAUGCGUAACCGCCCUUGAGAAGACCUGGCAUAUGGAUCACUUCUUCUGUGCUCAAUGUGGCAAGCAGUUUGGAGAGGAAGGUUUCCAUGAACGCGAUGGCAAGCCGUACUGCAGGGAUGACUACUUUGAUAUGUUUGCUCCCAAGUGCGGUGCUUGCAAUCGUGCUAUCAUGGAAAACUAUAUUUCAGCUCUUAACUCGCAGUGGCAUCCAGACUGCUUUGUCUGCAGGGACUGCCGCGAGCCGUUCAUAGGCGGCUCCUUUUUCGACCAUGAAGGCCAACCUUACUGCGAGACCCACUACCACCUGAAACGAGGCUCACUGUGCGCCGGUUGCCACAAACCCAUUUCCGGACGAUGCGUCACUGCCAUGUUCCGGAAGUUCCAUCCAGAACACUUCGUUUGCGCUUUUUGCUUAAAGCAACUCAACAAAGGCACGUUUAAAGAGCAGAACGACAAACCUUACUGUCAUGCUUGUUUCGAGAAGCUUUUCGGCUAAAUGUUGUUUUUUGGUUAAACAUAUGAAGAUCAUGUUAUUUCACUAGGCACACCGUCAGACAUGAUGUGAUACAAACUAUUGCUGGAGAAAUAGCGGUACGGUUCGAUGGAUGACGUGCGUUCCGUAACUAGUAACAUAACUUGUAUAUGCAGUCAUUUUUAUUUUCUAAGAUUAAGAACAGCGACUACGAGAUUGUCUGGUAUAGGUCUUGUUACCAUUUUUUGGCGGUUAUAUAUCAUUGUCAUAUGAAAUAACUAAGCUGAUCGACUAACUGUAUUAUGGGCGGAGCUUAAUUUUCUUAUUAAGCGGAAAAUGUACACUGCGCAAAUCGAUCUUCAAUACACACAUAAAGUGGGAAAUGGAAAACUUCAAUUACCUGGAAAUACUUCAAUAAAUUUUGCACAAACUGUCGACAUUAUCCACUAAUUGUAUUUCCAGCAUUUCAGUACGGAUAUUUUCAAUCGAGUGUAAACACAAAUCUCGAGCACAUGACCAGUGAACCACACUGGUAGUGACCAGCAUGACUGUAGAACCCUCAUACUUAACGAGAAAAUUAUAGAGGCGGUGAGUCAAAACUAGGAAACUUAUGUCUAUCAGCUUAUACAAACGGACGGUAGAUUUCAUGUAUGUAUGUGAGGGAGACGUUGGCAUGAAAGUGAUACCGGCUGUUUUACUGUGACCUACCAAAAUCGGUGAAAAGACCUAUACGUGAUAAUUUGGACUGACAGGUAACUCGAAGAUAUCUGCUUCCAGUUUUGUUCAUCACAUUCAUACUAGCAGGUGAUACAUUUUUGACCAAUCAUUUAGGUGAGCUCAUACAAGCGACUUUUGUCUUCGAAUUCUUUACUGGUUUUGCGAAUAUUGACAGCGCUGAUAAAAAUGUCACUAGGAAGUGACUGUGACAAAAGUUACUUGUCUGCUCUACAGAAAACAGUCUAUUUUUGGACCUAACGCAACAGAAUAAUUGUGGAAAAUAUGUGAUAUAUCUUUGGACGUUUCAGUUCGAUCCUAAGUGCAUUCAACGUUUCUGGUGAAUUGAUUUAUCUUUUGUAGAACGACUAGUUACAGUGGCGUAGCUACCUUGGGUGGCACCCGGUGCGGAAGUUGGUGGUGCCACCCCAUCGAAAGUCAAAAGCGAUAAAUUUUAUAUGAUUUAUAAAUGUCAUGGAUCAUUUAAUAUUUAUAUUUAAAAUAUUGAACAUAUAACAAAACACAAUAAAAACUAAGACAGAAAAAAUAUUUUUGUCUUACAAUUAAAAUAUUUUCUUUCUAGCUUUGAUAGCUGCAAACUCAGAAAUAACUAACCAAGAUUGCUGAGCCGCGAUUGGGUCAUUGUUGCCCGCAAAUAGUUUUUUUAUUGAUUGUAGUUUACUGAAACUCCUUUCACAUGAAGCUACGGAUACGCAAACCGACAUGAACAAUUUUGGUGCAAUCUCAAGAUUUGGAAGAGAUUCUGUAAAAUCCUAUUCUACAAUAGAAUUUAAAAAAAUCUAGAGAUACCGAAUCAAAAACUGUAAUAUUAGCGGCUUUUAAGUGUCUUCGCAGUCUUGGUAUCACCAAAAGUAAUUCUGUUUCUGAGACCUCGUCAUAAAAAUCAGUAAAAAAUGUUGAUGUAACUAAUUUCACUUCUUCAGUAUUCGCCAAAAGCAAAGUAUUUGUUUGUACGAUCUCAAACAAUGAAGCUAGGUCUUGAAGAGACUUCGAUCUUGUCUGGAGUUCAACUCUGAAAAAGUUGAGUCACCGAGUGGGUGUCACCCCAAAAAAGGUGACACCCGGUGCGGCCCGCCUCCGCCUCCCCCCCUUGCUACGCCACUGACUAGUUAUCUAUAUUAUUCCAAAUGAAAACCAUUAAUUCUUCAGACACCUAUAUUCCGUUUACCUACGUGGUAACGAGCUGUUGCGCACAAGGAAUAUUCUUGGCUUGUGAGAUGAGCUUUUAUAUUGAGAACCUAAAGUAGAAAUAACUUGAUAAAACAUCGUAUAUGACCUGUCAGUAAUACUAAAAUAUAAAAUCAUUAUACAAAAUUUGUCUUGACAUGAUUGACUUGAAUAAAUGAGUCUUCUCGUUUAAAUGUAGGAAAAAAGAUCCCCAAAUUCUUCGAAGAUAUCACUCCUUUAAAAUUGACACCUGAGCCUAAAAUAAUAAAACAACGCAGAUGAUUAGUCCAGAAAAUGUUCUCAGGUUCUACAUACAAAGUAGUAUAUCCACAUAAUUUUUGUUAAAUGAGGUAUAUUAUUGCGUUAAAUAAAAUUACCUUUUGGCUGAGUUUCAGUAGAAGUUUUAUGUUUGUACAACUGUAUUAGCAUGUUUAAUAAUACGACCGUAUAUCAUGAAUACAAGGAAAGUUAUCACCCAGAGAUGGUGAUGAGAACAAUUUUCUCGUCCACAGUGGAUUGUAUUAAUUUGCUUCGAGAAGUAAAAUAAACCCAAUGGGGUACCCGUUUAUUAGCAACGAGUUGAGUGUGUGUUUAUUUUUUGUUUUCAAACCACCCGCAAAAAUUACCUUGUUAGAUCUGAUUGUGGAGGUGUGCCGCCGUCACCCCUCCAAACGUUUAGGCUCAUAAACGCUUCUAAGAAAUACAGACAAUCCAACUGCAGUAACUGAAAAGAAUGAAGAAUCAAUUGAGCUAUCAAGAUAAAUCUAAAUGACAAAAUCCAUCAAGCUGUUUGUUUAUACAACUUUAGUAUACCCAGUGUCACUGACAAGACAAAUCUAGAGACAACUCAUAUGUCAAAACCAUCAAGCAGUUUAAGCUGUAGCCUGUGAAAUAGGAAUUCAGUGUUGUAAUUUUUUAUUAAAUUGAAGAGCUCUCGAUUUUUAAUCGUCGGCACCCCCCUUCCCUUGGGAUCAUCAAUGUGCCCACCCUUGAAUUUUGCUGUAUGGGCGGCUAAGGCAGUACAUUUCGUAUUUUUCAUUGUUACGUUUGGUUCAAAUGCAAAAUAUAAAAUUCGUCUUUAUUCAAGUGCGUGAUAAUUAAUAGGUAUAUCACCUUUUUAUAAACAUGUAUGAAGUCAUUGAUUUAUUAUUUAUAGUAAUACUAAAACAGUCGCAUUUAUUGUUGAUAUAUAUUAUAAUUUUAUGCUUAUCAAUGUGUGUAAUACCGCAAGCCAUACAGUACGUAGUGAGAUACAGUAUAAGCCUUAUUCACAUGUUUUAAUUCAAUAUUUUAAACAAAACUAUUUGUAUGUAUGAUUACUUCCCUUUUUUGUUCGUAAAAUGUAUUUAGUUUUUUACUUAUUUUAUGAUUAAAUCUGUGAUAAAAGUACUUCCUUGCACAAAAUGGCUAUACUUAUUCAAACUAUUGUAUCAUAAUUUCACUUUUAUUUUCGUUUUACGAUUUUAUAUUAUAUUUUACUUGAUCGUGUUGUAUAGGGUCAGGGUGGCAACAAUGAAUGUUGCUUGAGAUAUUGUCGCAAAAAACCUAUAAACAUUCUAGCUUCAAUUUAUUUGCAGUUCACUAUGGUUCAACUAUUUUGAUUAUAUUGUACUAUUUAAAAAAAAAACGUGUGAUGUUCUCACGGCACUUGUUUUCAUUAAAGUUUCCAAGUGAUUCGUCAUGUACUACAUCCUUAAGUAAAUAAUGGAUUACUGAAGUACAUAUUGCAUAUGUAUUACUUUGUGUAUUAAAGGAAAGAGGUUACUGAUACCGAUAUAAUGUUUAUUGGUACAAAAACAAGAAUAUUGAACAGUUCAUUGAGAAUCUCUUGGCCAUAACUAGUAUCUAAACAUAUCUUUCUUAACUAGACCAAAACAAAACACAUCUUUUAAUAUUGCACGAACAAAAACAAAUUGUGCUGAAAUCUUGAAUCUAGAAACAUCAAUAUAAACAACUAAUAUUUUCAAAUUAUUCAUUGAAAUAGAGAUUAAAGUUAUGGGCUUUAAGUAACAUAAAAAAUUAAUUCAGUUAACAUUAGGUAGAGAUGAAUCAAAGGAAAAUCUAUAAAGGGACUUGUUGCCUUUACACAUUGGCCUUGGUAAAUUACAUUUUAUAUCAUCGACGAUGACAAAAAGUAUGUUAGACAAACUGGGCAUUCGACAUUGGUGUUCUUGAUGUUAUCUGAAAAAACUUUGUCCUUUUCUAGGCGUUACCAUUCUCAAAACAAACAAUAGUGGAUAGCAACACUAAACGAACAGCAAAUAGAACUGUCACAAAUGUAUCGAUGAUAUUGUUUUCUUUCGAUACUGUAUACAAUGGUUCACGAUUCAUUGUGUACUUACGGUUCACUAUUUAUACUAGUCCAAUAAUGAAUAAAAACUAAUUUGUCAUUGGAAAUCGCUUAACUGUUUUCCAAAAUUUUCUCCACUAUGAUCUAUACACCUUUUCAUGCGUUCGAACCAUUAUUCAUAACACAUUUUCCGCUCCGCUUGAGAUAUCUCCAAAACAUACUUUAUGAACAGCUUCUUCUGCCGACGAAAAUCGUCGUCUACGCGAUUUAUUCUUAACUUACUGGAACAGAAAGAUGUCAUUGGGUGCCAAGUCGGAAUUGUAUCGAGGAUGACGCAUUAAAUCAAUAUUCUGAGGGCUCAAAUAGUCCAUUGUUUCACGAGAAACGUGAGAGCUCGCAUUGUCUUGAUGAAGAAUUACCCGAUGGCGUUUGUUGGUUUUCCUUAUUUCACCGAAGACUUUCAGCAAACAAACAGUUGUGUACCAUUCAGAAUUAACUGUUUUACGUUCCUCUAAAGGUACUGCUGCCACAUGACCAGUUUUUUUUCGAAAAAACAGACGACCAUUUGUCUCGAAGUGCGUCGUGCGCGAUGAACCUUUGUCGGAUUUGGCUCGUCUUGCAACACCCAUACAGUCGACUACUGUUUCCUUUCCGGCUCAUAAGCAUAGAUCCAUGAUUCAUCACCUGUUACAAUCUUACACACGUCUUUUGAAGCACCGACAUUGUAUUUUUCGAGCAUUUGUUUGCACCAAUCUCCUCUUUUUGAGCUUCUGUUAAAUUAUGUGAAAUCCAACGAGAACAGACCUUUUUCACAGCUAAAUGAUCAUGUAAUAUUUUAUGUAUGCUAGUGGAACUAAUGCCUAAGGCUGCCUCAAUCUCACAAUAUGUCACAUGACGAUCUUGCGUUAUUACUUUUUGCACAGCAACAAUGUUUUUUGGCACAACAAUUUACUUUGGACGUACUUCACGACAUCACCAAGAGAGUGGCGGUCACGAUUAAAUUCGUUAUACCAUCGUUUAACAGUGGCAAAGUAUGGGGCUUCAUCACCAAAAGUCGAAGUAAGUUGAUCGAUGCGUUCCUGCCUUGAUAAUCCACGUCGAAAGUUGUAAUAAUCAUCAUCGCACGAAAAUUUUCACGAGUCAAAUCUAUUUUUUCACUGAGACACAGUUUUCAAAUCGCUAUCAUCAUAAAUCGUACUGAAAUGACAAAACGUUCUGGAGAAGCUUAUGUUUAAAAAUGUCAAACUUGCAAUUGGAAACGUCAGAUGGAGCCUAAGCACACUUGAUAUUAUCGAGGCUGAAAAUAUAAAUAGUGACGUUCGUAUUAAGACUGAUUCAUUGUGUACUAAGACAUCGUUACCAUUUCAAAAUGUAACCCAGCCCUACGUCCCACAUGCUAGACAAACAUAAACUCAAUUACUUACAUUUUGCAAUAGAUGCACCAGCACUCAGAUAUAACAACAUGAAAAUACGAUAGAAAAGAACGAAUCUUACCUUAAAAUCUUUUUUUUUUUUUUUAAUUAAAAACACAAAACACAUGGCCUUGUUCGGGUGAUUUCGGUUGUCGAGUAUUAAAGUCUAGGUUGAGAGAAAUAGGGGGUGAUCCAUUGUACCCGCUUUAGUCAUUGUUGCCACCCUGACCAUAUGCAUUUUGUGCUAUGUAGUUGUAGAUUUUAUUAUAAAUUCACUUGUCAGAACUUGUAUAAUUACAUGGAUAAGAAAGAAAAUAUAAAUUACGUAUUCUUAUCAGGUUGAUAAAAAUUGUCAUACAUAAUUGAAUCCAGUGUGGUCAAAUUUUUGCCAUGUUGGUCGCAUCCAGUAGAGCAUAUCGCUAUUCGAAGGAGUAUCAACACUUGCAUUACUACGUUUACUCGUACAUCUACUACUUUGAGGUGUAUGUAUGUACGUACUUUUGGUCACAGAUAUCGCUCGAGUAGCGACGAAACGUUCUGAUGAACGCGACAGAAAGUCCAAAAGGGUUUUUGGGCCCAGAGCGGAUGACUUGGAUAAGUGCUAAAUUCUAUUGUAAAUAUAUUGUAAAUGGCUCAAAAAACACCGUUACCAUAAGCCCCCGAAAUUGAGGGGUCUCUAAGAUAAUGCAUCUUGGAACUAAUGAGUUUGCUAAUCAAGUGUUUAAUAUACGAUGAAUAAAUUGUAUGUUAUUCGAUAUUUCCAUUUUUUAGGGAAUCUAUCGUAAUGAAACAUGUUUUAUCACAAUAAUUGUCAUGGAACGGCGGGUGAUGAUUUUAUUCUUUCUUGAUACUGUCCAUAUCCUAAGUUUCAUAAGUUUUCGAGUUUUUCUGAAAAGCAAUACGAUAAUUAUUUUUUUAAUUUGGAGUUUACAAUAGUAACCAGAAAUUGAGGAAACAAUACAGUUCAGGAGGUUUCUAUCUGCCUCUGCUGGCGGUUACCGCAGUUUAGAUUUAUAGACUAUAAAAUAAUUAGUAACCACUAGACAUGAAUCUCAAGAAACCCAGAUCAUUACAUAGGAAAAAGUGCUAUUUAGCCAUUUUUUCUUUCUAUCUCUGAAACUCAUCAAUAUCUAAUGACUAAUGAUACCAACAUCACAUUUGGAUUCUGCAUACCAAAAAGUAUAACAUACGCCACCGUUUGUGGAUACCCGAGGUGGACCCAAAACUGACAUCCUUCUUUAUUGUUCAACAUGGCAAUGCCCAUAAUUUCAAUGCAAUAUUGACUUGAAAAAGGAUCGUUUGAUUUUCAUGAGUAAUGUAUUAGAUAUGUGCUAUAUUGUGAAAGUGUUCAACGGGAUCAUUUGUUACUUUGCACUUGUUCAUAUAUGCAGAUGAUUUUAAAAAUAUUAUAAACAGC